GCACGCAAAACAGAAACGGCAAAUUUCAACUGAGUACACCAAUCUCAUUCACAAAAUCCAUAAAUACAAAUACAGAGAGAUUGGGAUUGCUACUUUUGUAACUCAUUCAUAUUCUUCCUAAUUAGAGGAAAUGGCGAUUCAAUUGGAGAAUUUGGUGGAAUCGAUAAAAUCGAAGGUGAGGAAAUUGAAGAAAUCGAAGAAACCGUACAUCAAAAUGGACAAAAGCUCCAGUGUGAGAGUGGAGAUCCGCAGCAGAAAGGCUCGUAAGCUCAUCGACAAAACUCUCCAAGCUGCUGAUAAUCCUGGCAAGAGUAGCCUCUCUUAGUACUUGUCGAGUGAAAUAAAAAGAAAAUAAGACUCGCUUUGAAAAGAAAAGUUUCUUUGUUUCUUUAAGUUGUACAUAUAAAAUAGAUGAAUGAGAAAAGUUGUAGAAACGUGGCCGCCGUUUCUGUGUUCCUUUGACGUCGAUUUCCACUUUCCGAUGGUGCAUAUCGGCGUUCGCAUUGGGGAACCGUUUCGGUCUUUCUGAAUCCCAAUUUAAUGAGAAAAAGGAAUUAAAUGUUGGGUUACUGUUCUUUUAGCGAUUUCUUAACGUUAAUCUGAGUAUUUGGAGUGCUUUUAUACUCUACUAUUAAAUUUGUACUAGUAGGAGUGUAACUCUGUUUGGGAAUAAGAAAUGGAUCACAAAAACCCAUCACUUAUAUCUUGAAAUAUAUACAUUUUACUUCAUCAUUCCUUCCUAUCUUUUAAUCUUGUAAUUCGAGUACUUGAAAAGUUUGAAUGUUU